AGCCACGCCUAUCUAUUUUAACCCUUUCUGCAUUGUAUUAAACCGGACCAUGGGCAGAUACUCAAGGGUUUUGGGUUUUCUUUUAGGUUCUUCAGCUGUUGGUGGCAGUGCCUAUUACUGGUCACGUGACGAUGGGGAGAAGAGAUGGCUAAAAGUUCAACUCAAAGGAAUAACUCGUUUUGCAAGAUCAGCAGCCAUUGGGAUUACAAUAUCUUGUGACUACUGGUGGACAAUGAGGAAUCUGGAUGAAACUGAUCCGGAUUACUCUCUCUCCAUGAGUGCCUGCCAUCAGAGAGCUGCUGAUCGCAUAGUUAAUGGUGCAAUGGCUAAUGGAGGUCUCUAUAUAAAACUAGGGCAAGGUCUUGGGUCUUUUAAUCAGAUACUACCUAGGGAAUACAUUGAUACACUUAAAAUUCUACUCAACAAGGCUCUUUUUCGUGAUGAUAAAGAGUUGGACCAGCUCUUCAAGGAGGACUUUGGUUUAAAAGUUGAUAACAUUUUUGCACAGUUUGAUCGCCAGCCAGUCGCAGCUGCAAGCCUAGCACAAGUUUACAAAGCGAUGACUAAUGAUGGUCAGUCUGUGGCAGUCAAAGUCCAGUACAUUGACCUCAGGGAUCGCUAUCAUGGUGACAUAUGGACGAUUAGGAUUCUCCUUAAGUUUAUUGCCUGGAUGCACCCUAGCUUUAGUUUCUCGUGGGUUUUGGAUGAACUGAAAGACACUUUAUACGAGGAGUUGGAUUUUGAACACGAGGGACUCAAUCAGGAGAGAUGUGCUAGAGAGCUCAAACAUUUAUCGUACGUUUGUGUCCCAAAGAUACGCUGGGAGCAUACUUCAAAGCGUGUAUUGACAUCACAAUGGAUCGAUGGGUGUCAAGUAACGGAUGUACAAUCACUUAGAGAGAGGGGGUUGUCCUUAGCUGAAGUAGCUCAUAAAGUGACAAGAGCAUUUUCUGAGCAAUUGUUUGUGACUGGGUUUGUACAUGGGGACCCACACCCUGGAAACGUCUUAAUAUGCAAGUCACCAAAGAGCAACUCUGUUCAAGUUUGUCUAUUAGAUCACGGCCUUUAUACACCAAUCACAGAACAUAUAAGACUGAGACUAUGUGGGAUAAUAAAGUCAACUGUUCAGUAUGAUGUGCCUAAUUUAAAGUCUUACUGCCUAGAAUUGGGAAUAGAAGACUAUGAAUUAUUUGCCCUAAUGCUCACUGGGCGUACAUUAAAAUCCCACAGGGAGAUGUUCAACUCUUCACUAUUAACAAGACGCGAUGUUAAAGCAGUCACCGGUACGUUCAUGUAUAGAAUGGACGAUGUAGUGGAAAUACUUCGUCUACUGCCUCCUUCAAUGUUGCUAGUUUUUAGGAAUAUUAAUCUGAUUCGUAGCAUUAACCGGGAACUGGGUAUACCGAUCAACAGGUUUAAAGUAAUGGCUAAAAUAGCAAUUGAAGGCUACCAUUACGAGAAGGAAAAGCAAUCAUUCUCUGUUUUAAAUAGUGUUAGGCGCUGGAUUGAUCAGAGACAGUUUGACUUUAGAUUAUGGUGGUGGUCGGCCCAGUUGUGGUGGUCUGUGACUUUAUUAAGAAUAUAUGCAUUUAUUGGAAGAAGUGAUACGCACAAUGUUGAACAGAUCCAAUCUAUGAUAAAAGCUUAACAGCUACACCACGAUUAUUAUUAUUAUUAUAUUAUUAAUAUUUGUCAUUAUUAAUUUUAUUUAUUUAUACAGAAGAAAGCUACAAUACAAAUCAGCUAGUAGUUCUGCUGUUGAAAAAAAUUAAGAAUUUUUAAAUAAAUAAUAAUUAAUAUUAAUCAAAAAUAAAUUUGAUGUGAUAAACAAUGAUUAUUGCUGAGGAAAAUUAUAAAAUA